AUGGUGUAUGAUUGUUUGCGUUCUCGUGUUCCGAUAUGGGCACCAUCUCAUUGUAAUGAUGAAGCUGGUCCAAGUGUGCAACCACCAUUAGAUGAGCCAACUUCUGGUUUUCAAAUUGAUGAAAGAAGUCAAUUAACUGAUAGAUUUUUUAAUGUGUUAAAGAUUGCUGACCAACCCCUAUAUGAAGGAUGUGAGAAUCACUCCCAGUUGUCUUUCGUUGCUAGGAUGUUAUCUAUCAAGUCUGAUGCUAACAUGUCUGAGGCUGAUUUCAAUUCCAUGAUUACCGCAAUUAAAGAAGUUCUUCCUCCAGAUAAUACAAUGCCAACUGAUUAUUACCAUCACAGGAAAACUAUGAAUGAACUUGGUUUGCCUGUGGUUAAAAUAGAUGCUUGCAAAAAUGGUUGCAUGUUGUAUUGGAAACAUGAUGCUACGGAAGUCUCUUGCAAGUUUUGUGAUGAACCGAGGUACAAGCAAGUCAAGGGUCGACAUAGGCUACCUAAUGAUCACGCUCAUAAAAUGAUUGCACAAGCAAUACUGAGAUACUUGCCAUUAACUCCAAGAUUACAAAGGUUGUAUGCUUCUAAUGCUACAGCAACGCAUAUGACCUGGCAUGCUACUCAUGAAAGAAACGAGGGAGUAAUGCAACAUCCAUCUGAUGCCGAGGCAUGGGAACAUUUUGAUAGAACUUAUCCUGAUUUUGCCCAGGAACCUCGUAAUAUUCGUUUGGGUUUAUGUGCUGAUGGCUUUGCACCGCAUGGACAAUUUGGGAGGACUUAUUCAUGUUGCCCAGUGGUUGUGACUCCUUAUAACCUUCCACCAGGCAUGUGCAUGAAAAGGCCUUAUAUGUUCUUAACUCUAAUUUGUCCCGGGCCUAAGAACCCGAAGAAGAACAUAGAUGUUUUUCUACAACCUUUGAUUGAUGAGCUGAAUAAUUUAUGGGUUUUUGGUGAAAUGACAUAUGAUAUUUCCAAAAGUGAAUAUUUUCGCAUGAAGGCUGCACUUUUGUGUACAAUUAAUGAUUUUCCUGCGUACGGGAUGCUAUCUGGGUGGAGUACUGCUGGGGUUUUAGGAUGUCCAAUAUGUAUGGAGAGCUCCAAUGCUUUUCAUCUACAACACGGUCGGAAGGCAAGCUAUUUUGAUUGUCAUCGAAAGUUCUUACCACAAAAUCAUUCGUACCGUAAGGACAAAAAGUCUUUCAUUCGAGGUCGUGUGGAAAAAAAUGGUACACCACCAAUAUUGUCAGGGGAUGAAAUUCUUAAUCGAGUUAUGAUGUUCCCAACAGCAGUUGAGGACCCAAUUAACACUCCCCCAGGGUAUGGAGCAGAUCAUAAAUGGACAAAAAGAAGCAUUUUUUGGGAUCUUCCUUAUUGGAAAACCAAUUUGAUCCGACACAAUCUUGAUGUAAUGCACAUCGAGAAAAAUGUUUUUGAUAAUGUGUUUUUCACUGUGAUGGAUGUGAAAGGGAAGAGCAAGGAUAACAUUAACGCAAGAAAAGAUGUUGGAGUUCUUUGUGAUCGUAAGGAGAUAGCAGUUCCUUCAAAUAGUACAUGUCGUUCUAUUCCUAAAGCACUCUACACUUUAACUAAAGCACAGAAGAGGGUUAUUUGUGAGUGGAUUCACCAAUUUAAGGUUUCCAGAUGGUUUUUGUGA